AGGUGGCUAUUUUUAAUGCAGUAGUGUCAUUAACUGGCUGAAGACUAAACAUGAGAAUAGCAGGUGCUGCAAAGUUGGUAGUAGUCGUAGCAAUAUUUUUAUUGACAUUUUAUGUCAUAUCCCAAGUGUUUGAAAUAAAAAUGGAUGCAAACUUAGGACACAUAUUUGCGAGAUCAGCGCUGGAUGCAGCUGCACACUCUACAAAGCCUCCAAGAUACAAAUGUGGGAUCUCUAAAGCUUGUCCUGAAAAGCAUUUUGCAUUCAAAAUGGCAAGUGGAGCAGCAAAUGUAGUUGGACCUAAAAUUUGUGUAGAAGAUAAUGUUUUAAUGAGUGGAGUUAAAAAUAAUGUUGGCAGAGGAAUAAAUGUGGCCUUGGUCAAUGGUAAAACAGGAGAACCAUUAGACACUAAAUUCUUUGACAUGUGGGGAGGAGAUGUGGCACCGUUUAUUGAAUUUCUGAAGUCCAUCCAGGAUGGAACAAUAGUGUUAAUGGGAACAUAUGAUGAUGGUGCAACCAAGCUUAAUGAGGAAGCACGGAAACUGAUCGCUGACUUAGGAAGCACAUCUAUUACUAACCUUGGCUUUAGAGACAACUGGGUCUUCUGCGGUGGGAAAGGAAUUAAGACUAAAAGUCCAUUUGAACAGCAUAUAAAGAACAACAAGGACACAAACAAGUAUGAAGGCUGGCCAGAAGUUGUUGAGAUGGAAGGCUGUAUCCCUCAGAAGCAAGACUAAAUAAAAAGGAAACAAGAAUACGGAAGAAAAUGCACUUUCUGCUAUUAUUAGGGAGAGGGCUAUGAAGGAGACUGUACUGUAAAUAAUAUUUUUAAAGCAUGCAACCAUCUUGUCGGUGUGUGCAUGAGCACUGACAUUUUGAAUAUUGGGAUUAUUUAUUGCUAACACACAUAAAAGUCCUUUUUGUAAAUAUGUCCAGAAUAAAAGAAACAUCAAAACAUUUCUAUGCAGGUUUCUUAAAAGCACAGUAUUUAGUUUGCCUGUGGUAAAUGAUAUCUUGUAGAUUGACUGGCUAAUAAAUUGCAUAUUCGGAUAAUAAACAGAUCCUUACAAAUGUUGUACUGUCCUCUUAACAGCGUAAUGUUGCUGUGAGUAUGUAACCUUUGUGGAAUAUUGUAGAUUUUAGUGAUAAGUUAAUAAAGAGCUUUAAUUUUUUUUUAUCUUCUGCCUUUUUAAUGGCAGCAUCACUUUUUAUUAAAGCUGUUUGGUUAUUCUAA